AUGCUCGGCCUCGGUGCAUACGAGAGCAGUAGCGAGGACGAGGUAGUGACCAAGCCCUCUCUCCAGCCCCAGCCAACACCCAGUACGACUGCCAACGUAGCCCCCAGCGGCCCAGUCCUCGGUCCCGCAUCCGGCCCCGCGCCUCUCCGCCAGACACAAUCGCCCGGCCGUUCCAACAGCGGCCGUUCCUCUCCCUUCUCUACAACACGGGCUCUGUUGCACGAUCUCACGCUCCCUCCAGUCCCCAAUCUGGACAUUCCACCGUCACCGCCCGGGUCUCCGGACCCGGCCGCCAAUGCCAAGUUCGAGCAUUUCCUCUCUCUGAAGAAACAGGGCGUUCAUUUCAAUUCAAAACUGGCCAGCUCGUCUUCACUGCGAAAUCCCAGCUUGAUGAUGAAGAUGAUGGAGCAUGCAGGUAUUGAUGAGCAGUCACAAUACAAUACAUCGUUGCCGGUUGAGCUAUGGGAUACCAGCAACCUACCCAAAUGGGCCUUCAAGGAAGAGCUUCUCAAGGCUCAACAAGAGACCCGACAGAAAGUGGAAGAGAAGAAGGCAGCAGGGCAGCGGUCCUCAAUUGAAUUUGUCUCUGGGUCGGAGGCAAAGAGGAAAGCCAAUCCAUGA